AGGUCAUAUCAACAGUUGAGGAAUUUUAGCUCCAUCUUUGAGUUAGUUGUACUUGUACCCUCUGCUGCUCUCACAGUCUCACCCAGUAACCUCAGUCUCAAACUACCCGGGAAACAUGGCAGGGGUUCUCAAUUUCCGACCAUUGACUGUAUCCCGAUCACCUCUGACUAUGAAGAGACCUAAAGGAAGGUUCUCUACUAGAGUCUCAGCGGAAAUUCAAGAAACAGCCAUACCUUCUCCCUCUGUUUCUUCUUCCUCCUCCUCUCCGAUUUUGUCUCCACCUCCCAAUUUCAAGCCUCCAGAACCGAAGCGCUUGGCAGUUCGUCCUGACAAGAUUCUAGACAUUUUCGGGGCUUCUUUGGCUCUUAUCUUUCGUCUCGGGACCGGAGUUUUUGUUUCUGGGUAUUCUGUGUCUUUUGUGCCUCCUGCUGAAAUCCCACCGGGCGAGUAUGCACUUGAAAUUGCAGGUUUCAAGCUGAAGGAGACAUCAAAAUUAGGCCCUCGUCCGGAGAGUCCUAUUGAGAUUUAUGAAUUUGAAAGCUGUCCAUUUUGUCGGAAGGUCAGAGAAAUUGUUGCCGUGUUGGAUCUUGAUGUUCUUUUCUAUCCUUGCCCAAAGAAUGGUCCAAAUUUUCGCCCCAAGGUUGCUCAGAUGGGUGGAAAGAAGCAAUUUCCUUACAUGGUAGAUCCCAACACAGGUGUUGCAAUGUAUGAAUCAGAUGACAUAAUCAAGUAUCUGGUUGGAAAAUAUGGUGAUGGAACUAUCCCCUUGACGUUGUCUCUCGGGCUACUGACUACCUUGACUGAGGGCUUUGCCAUGAUUGGCCGUAUGGGGAAGGGAGGAUCAUACAUCCCUUCAAAAAUGCCUCCUAAACCACUUGAAUUAUGGGCCUAUGAGGCCUCGCCCUUCUGCAAAGUUGUACGGGAAGUUCUGGUUGAGUUUGAGUUACCGCACAUACUUCACAGUUGUGCUCGUGGCAGCCCAAAACGUCAGAUACUUUAUCAGAAAGCAGGACAUUUUCAGGUACCAUAUUUAGAAGAUCCGAACACAGGAGUAAAAAUGUUUGAAAGUGCAGAAAUUGUAGACUAUCUCAGGGCAACUUAUGCACUCUCAUAAGAACAAUUUGCAUACAAUUUUUGGGAUUUUCUCUUGCCAUCUCUAUAGUUUUGAUUAUAUAGUGAUUAUAGACAUCUUGUAAAUCUGUCCAGAAAAAAGAGGACAUAUUUAAUGUAUACAUCCACAAUAAAACAGUUCACUUUUUUUACAGCAAGUUCGAACAGUAUAUUCCUUUUUUUCUUUUCCUCUGUUUGAAUGUCAUUCUUGAUUAGUGAAGUUUGUUAAUGAAUUGUGAUAGCAAUCUAAUACUUGAAUUUCUAAA